AGCAAAAGCAAAAGCAGGAGCGAAAGAAAGCGCGGAAAAGAAGAGAAGAAAAAGAUCAGAUCCGGCCGUUCGUUCACCAAACGCGUACUUCGGCCAUGGCCUUCUCCAUUUCAGUUCUGGUCAUCAUCUGCUCUCUCCAUCUCAUCGCCUUCGUUCUAGCCAUUGGAGCUGAAAGAAGGAGAAGCACCGGAAAUGUGGUACCGGAUGAGUACGAUGAGGCUACGUACUGCGUAUACGACUCAGACGCUUCGACAUUGUACGGUCUAGCGGCGUUCUUUCUGCUUCUCAUCAGCCACGCGUUACUUAACGGCGUUACUAGAUGCCUCUGUUUCGGGAGGGGUUUAACGCCUGGUGGUUCAAGAGCGAGCGCCGUUUGCUUUUUUAUCGUUUCCUGGGUGAGCUUUUUGGCUGCAGAGGCGUGCCUCUUGGCAGGGUCGGCUAGGAAUGCGUACCACACGAAAUACCGGGGAAGGUUCGGCGUACAUGACUUAUCGUGCGCCGCGCUCCGUAAGGGGGUGUUCGGCGCCGCUGCAGCACUGACAUUUGUCUCUUUGGUGGGGUCCAUCUUGUACUAUUCGAGCCACGCCAAGGCCGACACGGCCGGAUGGCUCAAGCACCAAAACGAGGGUGUGAAUAUGGCCCCAUACCCCCAACCGACGAUGGAUGAUGGUGGGGCCCAGAAGGCCUAAGGCCACACAGGCUUUCUUUUGGUCACUGAGGAAUGCUAUUUCCAGGGGCUUCAUCUUCAUGCGUGGCCCAUACUUGCCAGAUCCAAGCCGUUUAGGGUGUUCUGUCCAUUUAUCAAGUGUGCAACAUAUGUUGGGAAAAUGAUAACCGACGGUGUAGAUUUGACAUGCACGGUUGGUCGUUUGAUAAGUGGACCUGCCUGAUUUUUAGAUUGGGACCUUGAAGAUGGUGCGGCUGGAAAUAGCAUUCUUCUUUUUCACUUUUGUGGGUCCCUGUGUAUGUGUCUUCUCUCUAAAAUAUGAGGGUAUGUUGGGAACGUUAGAGUCAAAAAAACGUUGGUCCUUGAGGGACAUAUAGUUUGUGGGCUCCAUAGCUUGAACGGUAUAGAUUGACGUGUAUGUAUACCAUGUGUCGCAUGGAUGAGACACCACGACUUGAAAAUAGUUGUGAACUAUCACAGUAACCAUAGUACAUUUGUAAGGAGAGUAUAAGAUGGAGUGUAAUUUUGGGAGCGU